AUGGCACAGCAAACUGGCCCGUCGGGCGAAUACCGCAAGCACCUCCCGGAUCUCAAUGUGCCGCGCUUCCAAACGAUGAAGCAGCAAGAUGCACACGAGUAUGCUCAUGAAUUCAAAACCAAGCACAACCCACCAUGGCUCCAUGCCUUAUACAUGUACUGGCGUUCGCUGCUCGCCGAGCCAUUCAAGGGUGUCACUAGCGAUGACCUCUUCAAAUACGAAGACGAAGGCGUCGAUAUUGACAGCAUCGUCAACGCCGUCCAAUCCCUCCUCUCCCAAGUGACCGACGAGCAAAAACAAGUCCUCAGCUACCACAUCGACAGCCCAGAAUGGCGAACAUGGUCCAACCCCGAAUUCCUUCUCGCGCACAAAGGUCUCCGCCUCGACGAACAAACAGAACAGGUCCGAAGCUCUAUCCUCGCAGUCCUGAAAGCCACUAUGUCACCCGAGGGCUACGAAAAAGCAAUCUCAGCCAUGCGCAUCAAUGGCUUCCUGGGCGAACUCGUCCAAGGCACAAAAGUCAUGAAUGAAUUCAGUUACAACUUCGUCCUCUUCGGCGAGCCUUCAUCUACAGAACCUUGGGGCUGGUCCUUCUACGGCCAUCACCUCUGUCUAAACAUCUUCCUUUUCAAGCGUCAAAUCGUCAUUUCUCCCUGGUUCACAGGCGCCGAGCCCAACGAGAUCGACUCUGGCCCCUACAAGGGCACCCGAAUCCUGACUCGCGAGGAGGAACUCGGCCUCCAACUCAUGCAAUCACUCUCCCCAGACCUGCAGCAAAAGACUCAAAUCUAUAAGUUGAUGAAAGACCCCGCAAUGCCAGAGGGUCGCUGGAACAGAGACGACCAACGCCAUCUUUGCGGCGCAUACCGUGAUAACCGUAUCGUGCCCUACGAAGGCAUUACCCUCAGAGACAUGACCUCCGACCAACAAACGCUCGUCUCAAACAUCAUCGAAGAAUACUUCCUCUACCUGCCCACCUCCUCCCGAGCAAAGAAACUCGCACACGCCAUGUCCUUUGCAGACGAAACUUACUUCAGCUGGAUUGGUGGCUUUGGCGCUGAAGACCCGUUCUACUAUCGCAUUCAAUCGCCAGUGGUGAUUAUAGAAUUCGAUCACCAUUCAGGAGUGUUCUUGAAUAAUGAGCAGCCGGCUAAGUUCCAUAUCCAUACGCUUUUGCGGACGCCUAAUGCCGGUGAUUAUGGUGUUGCGUUGAGAAAGUGUAUUCCGGCUAAAGAGCAGUUCUUCACUUGGGAGCCCGAGGAUGCGAGUAAGGGACCUGGUAACCAUGCCAGUCGUUUGGAUUAG